AUGAGCGUACCUUCGCUGCGUCGAAGCGACUGCAGCGGUGAUCCUAAUCGAGACCGCACCCACUACGUGAAGGCGCAACGACAGCAUCUUGUGCGCGAGACACGAAUGCUACAGAUGGCGCUGGAAGAGCUGCAGGAAGAAGCGGAGCGGGCAAACAACGAAGAAGCGUUGGUGCGCCGUGCAAUAGACACAACAUAUCGCGAGCUGCUGCGGUGCCUACUUCAUCUUGCCUUGGCUGAGCAGGAUUCAACGAGUGGCACAGCGGCGGCGGCCGGCGCACAGGCGCAGUACGACACGACAAGCGCCAUCAUCUGUGAGGUAUUGCGGAGUUACAAGCACGAGCAAGACGCCUUCACGCAGGAGGCCAAGCAGCGCUUGGAGAGUAUAAUAGACGAAGCGCGGCAGGUGUGCGCGAACGUCGGUGACACCCUCGCCGUGCCACAACAUGAGCAUGCUCACAGCAGUGGUGUCGGCCCCACUGUAGAAGCAACUGAACUCGACUCCCUUCGCAGUGCCUUGGAGGCGCUGCGCGAGAUGAAGGCCGAAGUGGACGAGGAGACGGAGGCCACACUGCUGAGCGUCGGCCGCACGCUGUUUUGCUGA